AUGUACCCUUCACCACCUGACUCCAAUACGAACCUACCCUCAAUCGAUGUCAAACCUCACGAUGAACGGUAUCAGGCGGCGGCUCGAGCGGCAAGAUUAUCCUUCUUGUUGGACAAAUCCACUAUUUACGCCAAGAUCAUAGGUGAACGUAUGGAGCGUCAGCAGAUCGAGAAGAAGAAGGCUGAGCAGAGAGCUGAAGUGAGGAAAGCGAACAAGGAGAAGAAGGCUGAUGAACCUCAGACUGCUGGGAGGGGUGGUAUGAGAGAGAAGAAACCCAAAGUGGAAGAGGCAGAGCAGCAACAGGAGAAAGAAGCUGCUGGUAACAAACGAAAGAGGAGGAGCGAAGGUGGACGUGGCGAGAAGAGAGUUAAGGUAGAAGAAGAAGAAGAAGAGGACAAUAAAAAGGAGGUGAAGGUUGAAGAAGAAACACCUAUAAAGGAGGAACAGCUCAACGGGACUGCUACGAAUGGCGAACCCGAUGCCGAUGCAGCUGAAGAUGAUGGUGUGCAGUACUCCUUUAAACAACCAGAGCUCGUCACCGGUGCCAAACUUCGUGAUUAUCAACUAGCAGGAGUACAGUGGAUGAUCUCGCUGUAUGAGAAUGGAUUGAAUGGUAUCUUAGCUGAUGAGAUGGGACUUGGUAAAACCUUACAAACCAUCUCAUUCUUGGCUCAUUUACGAUCAAAGGGUACAUGGGGUCCUUUCCUCAUCGUGUGUCCCUUGUCGGUAUUGAACAAUUGGUGUUCCGAGUUCGAGAAAUUCACUCCAUCCGUACCCGUACUCAUGUAUCACGGUACGCCUGAAUACCGAGCUGAACUUCGAAAAACCCGUCUACAACCUCCAUCAGCAGCUGGAGUGGGAGGACUGAAAUCAGGUAAACGGGGACGAAAGUCUACUGGAUCAGCUCUCAAACCAGGUCAGAAUGAUACUUCUUCUUUCCCCAUCGUCAUCACCACUUUCGAAAUCUGCAUGAGAGAUAAGCAGUUCCUCAGUGGCCUUCUGUGGAAGUUCAUCGUGGUAGAUGAAGGACAUAGAUUGAAGAAUCUGGACUGCAAGCUCAUCCGGGAGUUGAAAUCGUAUACCAGUGCUAACAGGAUGAUCCUGACCGGUACACCUCUACAUAACAAUCUUGCCGAACUAUGGUCUCUGCUCAACUUUAUCCUACCUGAUAUCUUCGACGAUCUAGACUCUUUCCAGCAGUGGUUCAACUUUGAUGAGAUGAACAAUGGGUCCACCACCGAAGGCUUGCUCAACAAAUCAUCAGUCGUUGCAUCUCUGCAUGCUAUACUCAAACCAUUCUUACUUCGUCGAUUGAAGGUGGAUGUCGAGAAGGAACUACCGCCCAAGAAGGAAUACCUACUUUACGCGCCCUUGACUCAACAACAAAAAGACAUAUACCAAGCAAUCGCUUCCGGAUCCAUCAGGCAAUUCUUAAUCGAUAAGAAGUCAGGUGGUAAUGAUGAAGAAAAUGCUGAAGUGGAAGAACAACCUCAACCUGAAGCGGAAGCAAUAUCAGAGGCGUCCAACGGUCGAGCAUCGCGAAAAAAGGAAAGAGUCAAUUAUAAGAUCGAAGAGAAUGACUCGAAGUUCAUCAGAGAUCUGGAGAACGGUGUGAAGGUGGAUGAGCCUAGUGGAGUGAAGGAGAAGUCUGCGGCUGAGAUAGGCAGAGAUUGGGCCCUUCAGCAAGCUAAGAAAAGUGUCAAUAAUAUGCGUCUGCAGAAUCUUGUAAUGCAACUAAGGAAGAUAUCAUCACACCCUUUCCUGUUCGAUUGGCCCAUUGAUUCCAAGACCAAUGAAUACGUCGUAGACCAAGAACUCGUGAACGCUUCCGGUAAAAUGUUGCUAUUGAACCGAUUACUUGGCGAGUUGUUUGCAAGAGGACAUAAAGUACUGUUGUUUUCCCAGUUUACGACUAUGCUGGAUGUUAUCGAAGACUGGGCGACUUUACAUAAAGGAUACAAGGUUUGUCGAAUCGAUGGGUCCACUUCACAAGAAUCCAGGCGAGAACAGAUGCAUGAUUUCAAUAAUGGUGGAGAUGGACCCGAUGCUUGCAAGCUGUUCUUACUUUCGACUAGAGCAGGUGGAUUAGGUGUCAAUUUGGUUGCGGCCGAUACUGUAAUUUUCUUCGACAAUGAUUGGAAUCCGCAGAUGGAUUUACAAGCCCAAGAUCGGGCACACCGAAUUGGUCAGACUCGACCUGUCCUGAUCUUCCGUUUAGUCUCGGCCCAUACUAUCGAGACUAAAAUUCUCGCCAAAGCUGGAUCCAAGCGAAAGUUGGAAGCUUUAGUCAUCUCACAAGGUAAAUUCGGUAGAGUCGUUGAUGAGAAUGGGCGAGUGCUGUUGGGUAAGAAGUCUAAGGUGGAAAGUACAGCGGAGAUGGCAAAAGCUCUUUUAGAGCUGGAUGGUGAGGAGAUCGACGUAGUGAGCAAAGAUGAUAAGAUCAUCAGCGAUGCCGAUUUAGAUAUCUUACUUGAUCGAUCGCCUGCUGCCUUUGCGAGACAGAAAGGAUGGUCAGCUGGCUUGGGUAAAAGUGGAGCUGAUAGGAAAGCUCAAAUUCAAAAAGGUGAAAGAACAGCGUUCGAAGUAUUCGAAGCUGCCAAGGACGAUGCCGGGGGUUUGGAUACGAUGUUUGGUGGUGAUGGUGAAGUCGAGGGACAGUAG